UCAACCAUGACCGUGGCCCAGAGUCAUCAACAUUCGAAUUUCUACCGAGGUAUCGAUUGUCGCCUUGAUUUCAUGUCAGAACAAUAGCGUCGUUCUGGUUUAAAAGCGAACCGCGAACUGCAUUUGCUACCGGUAACUUCAAGUUGUUCAGUGCAUUGGCAUCAUGGUCAAUAGCCCUGCGUCCAAGACGCCUCCUCACAGCGUUCAUUCCGUUUUUAGAAUCCACUCUACCCCACUUGCAGUUGGCUCUGCCGCUGUCAGCGAACACACAACCGUGAAGUGCCGCAUCCCAAACGUGAUCUGGCUCCACAAGUUUGACGAGAGGUCCACGACCAAGAUCAGGAGGUCGCUAAGAGUUCCGACGAGUCAAGACCUUGACGUCGAAAAGGGUAGUCGUGUUUUGUAUAUCACCGUGUUUAGGAAGCUUGUCCCAAUCACGUCGCUGAGCGGAGAUGAUUUUCUCAGCGCAUGGUGGCAAGUUGUCCUAUGUCAUUACACUCUCUGGAAGCACGAUGUCCAUCACCGCGACAUCAGUCCUAACAAUCUCUUGGUGUACUGGUUGAACGGCCAAUGGAUCGGGGUCCUCAACGACUACGACCUGUCAUCGACCAAACGCGAUGGGCCCAGCGGGAGGGAGCGCACAGGAACAGUACCAUUUAUGGCAGUUGACCUGCUCUCCCAACCCGGCCUCAAAGGCAAAGUCGCACACCUGUACCGGCACGACGCUGAAUCGUUAGUGUGGGUCCUCGUCUGGGUCUGUCUUGGGUACCGAGGAGGCAAGUUGUUGAGCAAUGGCAGACUGCUCGAUGACUGGCUCAAAGUGGAUGCUCUUGGAUGCUGGAAGGAAAAAUCGGCCUUUCUGUUCCACCUUCGGCACGGGAAGGCCGAGAACAGUAACAUAAAACCCUCAUUGUCACACCAAUCUAACUGGAAAGUAGCGGUAGCUUGCCUGGGCACUAUCCAUUAUACUCCCGUGGCCAAAAUUGACGAAUUGAGCAGGUCUAUUCUUCAGAAAUGGCUCCUAGAUAACGUGGAGUCUGUCGUUCCAGACAUUAUAGCUCGCUAUCCCUUCAAUAUAUCAUAAGCUUCUACCGUCUUGUAUUACGAGGUGAUUUAUUUACGUGAAUACGUCUUUUUACUUAACCUUUGCAAUGAAGAUCUAUUGAUCAAUGAC